UGAGGCCCAUAUUCCAUUGCCAUUACCGACCUCUCCUUCUCUUCAUAUCCCCUUCUUCCUCCUCUCUCUCCAUCCCCAAAAUUUCACCCUCUCCUCUUCAUCUUCAUCUUUCUCUCUCUCGCUAAAGAAUCCUCAAUUUAGUUUUCGAAAUUUUUGAAAAGAGGUGAUUUGAAUCAGAAGAAUCUAUCAAGAAAUGGCUCAAAAGACGGAGAAGGAAGAGACCGAAUUCAAGGUGCCAGAAACUCUUACCUUAUGCGUCAAUAAUUGUGGAUUUACUGGUAAUCCAGCCACUAAUAAUAUGUGCCAGAAAUGUUUCAACGCUACCACUAGCACGUCUAAUUCCACGACGACAGCCGCGGCGGCACCUUCAGCUACGACGACGACGACGACGACGGCGGCAUCAACGGCCCUCGGUGUUUCAUCCGGAAGCGAGAUCUCGAGUAAAUCUCCGAGAUCUAGCAUAUCUAGAUCUCCUGUGAGAGAUCUGCUUCCCGAGACGAGUCAAAAGGUGGAGACAUCGAUAGAUCGGGAGAAAAUCGAUGUAGCGCUUGCUAAGAGGGAGGUGAACCGUUGCUCUUGCUCAGGAUGCAGGAGGAAGGUUGGGUUGACCGGAUUUCGUUGCCGGUGUGGAGACAUGUUCUGUUGGGAACAUCGGUACUCCGAUCGACACGAUUGUAACUAUGACUACAAAGCUGCCGGUCGGGAGGCGAUUGCUCGCGAAAACCCGGUGGUCAAAGCGGCGAAGAUCGUUAGAGUUUGAUAAAGAACCCAAAAAAGUCAAAAUUUGAACAGAACUUUCGAAAUUUCACGAGGAUCGAUUCUCUCGAUCUGAUCGUUUCUCUUUUUGCCUCUGAAGAGAUGGAUAUCUUGUGGCUAGUGAGAGAUUUUAGGGAGAGGAAAGAAGAGAUCGAUCGAUGAACCAGAACCAAUCAAUCAUGGCUUGAAGACGACCCAAUCAAGAUCAAAAUUCAUCUAUAAAUCUUUUUUUUUUCUUUUUUCUUGAAAUGAAAGAUCAUUAUUAUUAUUAAUAUGAUUAUUAACGUUAUUAUUGUGGCUUAAACGUGUUUGCUCUUUGAUGUUUUUUUUUUUUUUCUUUCAGUGUGUUGUUGAGAGAGAGGUUAGAAAUGGCAAUGGCAUGUGAAUGUAAAUUAGAAGAAAUCUUUAUGGCUUUUGUGUCUUUUUACCGAUUUAUUUAUGUAUGGCUUGCAACUAUAAAUUUCGGUUGAAGGUUAA